AUGGCCUUUGAGUGGUGCUUUAGAAAGGCCUGGUACGGUGUGUGUCAGGCAGCCGAGGACGCCAUCCAUCACAUCUCCACCUCGCUGCACUUGGAGAAUGAAAGCUGUGCAGAUGUGGAGGCUCUCAGGGCCUCCACAAUGGACUCGGAGACCAUUGUAUGGAGGCCGGUGGAACUAAUUGCUUCACAGUUCGCUGAGAGUCCCGCUCGAUCCGAGGAGAAGCAGACAACAGAGUGCGCAUUUGGGAUAAUCCGUCAAUCGGAUGCGAGCAGAGUCAGGCCCAACCUGAAGAUGGGCCCCAUACCGCUGUGCGUCCUGCUCCCGGUGACGGUGCUGGCUGUGGUGGCGGCCGCGGCGGCCGAGGACGAGUACGCCCAGGACGAGUACACCUGGCCGCAGUGGAAGGUGCCGCUGGUAAGGAAGCGGCGCACCGUGCCCCUCAGCAGCCCCGACUUUUCGGCCCGUCCCCGGCCGGAGCUGAGCGGGACGUGCGGGAUCGAAUGCCAGCGCCGCCUGCCCUCGCCCUCGCUGGACGACCUGGAGCAGUUCCUGUCCUACGAGACGGUCUACGAGAACGGCACUCGCACCUACACCUCCGUGUCCGUCCAGGGCCUCAACGAGGCGGCCGGCUGGUCGAAGAACGCCUCGUCCGGUUCCCGCCGCCGCAAGCGCGAGGUGUACGGCACCGACAGCCGCUUCACCAUCGCCGACAAGCAGUUCUCCACCAAGUACCCCUUCUCCACCUCGGUGAAGAUCUCCACCGGAUGCUCGGGGGUGCUGGUGUCGCCCAAACACGUGCUCACAGCCGCCCACUGCAUCCACGACGGGAAGGAUUACCUGAGCGGAGUGCAAAAGCUCCGCGUGGGGAUCCUGAAGGAGAAGUCCCGACGAGGGAAGGGGGGCAAGGGGAGAGGAGGGAGAGGGAAGGGGAAAAGAAGGAAGGGCGACGCCGCCAAAGGCGACCAGGACCAGGAAAAGGAGGAGAACGGUGGGAAAGAAGAACGUAAGAGAAAGGGGAAAGACAGGAAGAGCCGGAGUCGCCGGAGCGUGGAACCUGGGAAACCCUCCUUCAGGUGGACCAGGGUGAAACAAACCCAGGUUCCAAAGGGCUGGUUCAAAGGAGUGUCCGACGGACUGGCCGCAGACUACGACUACGCCGUCCUGGAGCUGAAGAAAGCCCCCAAAGUAAAGCACAUGGAUCUGGGCGUCAUCCCCUCGGUCAAGAAGCUUCCCGCCGGCAGGAUCCACUUCUCGGGCUUCGACGACGACCGGCCCGGCGACCUGGUGUACCGCUUCUGCUCCGUGUCCGAGGAGUCCAGUGACUUGCUGUAUCAGUACUGCGACGCCAAGCCCGGGUCCAGCGGCUCGGGAGUCUACAUCCGGCUGAAGGAGCCGGGCAAGAAGAAGUGGAAGAGGAAGAUCAUAGGAGUGUUUUCCGGUCACCAGUGGGUGGACGUGAACGGGGACGGGACGCAGCAGGAUUACAACGUGGCGGUGAGGAUAACGCCCCUAAAAUAUGCUCAGAUCUGCGCCUGGGUCCACGGAGACUCCAGCCAGUGUCAGGUAGCUUGAGACCAGUAUCCACCGUACCAUUCCCCCCCCCGUACCCACUGCCGUAAAAGAGGCUCCCCGCCCACUUUGACCCCCUUCAUCACCAACCGGGGGCCUUUUCCUCUCCCUGUCCUCCUCUUGCUGCCUCCACAUGGAUCAGCCUACACUGAUCGACACAAACACAGGCAGCUGAGCACACUCGGUCUUGACAACAACAGGAACUCGUCGACGCAUCAAGAGAACUGUGGCUCGUCAGCUUUUUCUUAUUUAUUUGCUUAGAAACAAAAAAAGAAACACCUUAACGGAAAAAAAUAAGCAGCAUUCUCUUUUUUGAAUUGAGUUUGUUUAAAAAAAAUCAUUUUGGAAAUUGUGCAUACCAAAGCCUCGGUUUAUUUUAAUUUACUCUAGACUUGGAUUUGAAGUAUUUCUCCACUACUGUAAUAAAAAUGUUUGUUUUUUUAAGUUGCAUGUGCAUUGGCAUUGAGUAAAGACACAGAAAAAAAUCGAAACGAUGGUGAGAAAACUCCUUUCUGGACGUUAACUGACAAACUUGUGUUUUGCAUUGUGUAUAUCUAGAACGUGUAUAUCUAAACUUCUGUUUGUUUGCUUUUUUUUGUUACUACCUUUUAAAGUCUAUCGUUGUGCCUAAGUAGAGUAAGAAUCCUUUUGGAUGCUGCAUAGAUUUUUUUUAUAUGACCUUUGACUUUCACCCUCUUUUCUCUGUUUUUGCAACACAGUGAAAUGUGGUUUCAUUGCUGUGCACAUAAUCAUAUCGGAGCUUUUCCAGAGGACAUGGUGCUAAUUUAUGGGACUGUAAACAUUUUUUUUUAAGAGGGGGGACUUCUCAGAAAAUAUUUUGAUGGCCUAGUACUGUAACUAUGUAUUUAAUGUGAGGUUACAUGUCUGAAUUGUGUUACAAUGGGACUGAACCAUUCAACACUCUACUUGAGCUGUUUAUAUUUCUCUAUUUCUAAAGGUUAAAUAAGGUCUUUAAAGACAGAAUAUUUUGAUGUAAAACAUUUAAAAUUGGAAUGUAAAUGUCAUUUGACUUCCUUGUUGCUAUUUUUCCAAAAAAACUAACUAUCCAUUUAGAAUACCAAAUAUAUUGACUGAAUUAUUGAGUUAUUGAAGACUGAAGGCUACCAACCAACCAUUAAACCAAAUUUUUUUUAAAUCUGUGUCCGUGUGCGUUUAAGUGUGUGUAUUUUCACAGUUCUCUUAUGGCAGUGAAUUACAUUUUUUAACUCACGGUUAUCCAAGAGUUGCAGUGAUGCAUCAUCUUUAGAGUUGAGGUAGAUGGAUGCCGCACACACUUAUUUGGCGUGAAGAAGAAAUCCGAAGAAAAAAACAAAAUCCUAUUUACAAUUUUACCACAAAGUGAUAAUUGACAUAAAAACCUAAAAAAUGCAGACCUUCAU